CUCUUCCUGGACGACGACUCAAAAUGGCAAGCCGUCCAGACACGCGAUCCCGACGCCGACGGCUUCUUUGUCUACGGAGUUCGCACCACAAAGGUCUUCUGCCGCCCAACCUGCAAAGCUAGGCUGGCUCGCCGUGCAAAUGUGCGCUUCUACGCCACGGGAGAGGAGGCCAAGCAAAACGGCUGUAGAGCCUGCAAGCGAUGCAAGCCCGAGGUACUGGGUCUGAUGCCUGAGGAGGAAGCAGUGCAAAAGAUCCGAGCGUUUGUGCGGCACCAGCAGGCUGUCAGCGACGGGAACCGGGAUAUGGGAGAAAUGAAGAUGAGCCUGAGUCAAAUGGCGAAGAAGACGGGUCUAUCCAAGUGGCAUUUCCACCGCGUCUUCAAGAAGUGCGUGGGAGUCACCCCUGUGGAAUACUUGAAGACAUUACGA